GUUUGCUGAGAAAAUGAGAGAGAAAAUCAAAGGGAAAACGAGGGAAGAGCAGAUUGUUGGAUAACGAGGGGUUCGAUUCGCAAGCUUUUCAACAGGAUUCUCCACAUUCAACUCUUCUUCCUCUUUUUGAAGUUUAUGGUCAAUAAAGAUCAAACCCCCACAGAUCCAAUUCCUUCCCGCUUCUCUCGCUGCUAUUUAAUCUCUCCUCCUCCUGUUCUUCGAGUUUGAGCGCAAAUUCCAAUUGAAUUCCGUCUCAGCUUCUCCCCUUUUGCGGCUGCAAAUCGCGCGCUCUCUAAUUCAAUUUCUUUUAUCUUAUCAUCUGCGGCUUUUUUCUGGCUCUUCUCCGCCUCUGAUUUGGUCUCAAUCGCUCGCGAUCUUCUCCCUUUUUUACGAUGUGAUUCGUACGUUCUCAGCCCGCCUAGAAGCAAUUCACGGCUGGCUCGGAAAAUUUUCUCGAUCUUGUUCGUCUUUCACGAUUCUCCUCCCGUCGAUCGGAUUGUCGACCAAAAAUGGUGUCCGCAUCGGCUCGUAAUAAGACCAUGCACUCCCUCCUCGCGGCUAAUCUCGCGAAGCUGACCAUCCCCUCGUCUUCUUCUUCCCCUUCUCCGUCAACCGCCGCCGCCGCCGCCAUCCAUGACUUUGAUUUCUCCGACGUGUUUGGCCCCACCAAUCCCUCCCCAUCAUCAUCUACCAGUUUUCCGGGGGACCCACAGCACCACGAACAGCCCGAGGUCAUCCACAACAGAUCUCACUCAUUUGUGGGUCCGUCUCCCCGCUUGACUCCCCCCUCUUCCCUUCCUUUUUUCCAAGGAAUCGAUUCUCAGAGCGAUGAAGAGGAAGAUGAAGAGGAUUCAGAGAUUUCAACUAGCAAUGGAGCUCAAGAGGAAAAGGGAGUGGGUGAGAGUGUGAACGGUGGUGGAGAAAAUGUACAGGGGAAGAUUGGAGUUGGGGAUUUUGAUAUUCUUCGAGUGGUGGGAAAAGGGGCAUUUGGGAAGGUCUUUCUGGUGAGGAAGAAAGGAGAUCUUAAAGGAAACGGUCCCAAUAAUGAUGGGAUUUAUGCUAUGAAAGUGAUGAGGAAGGACACCAUUAUAAAGAAGAAUCAUGUGGACUAUAUGAAGGCUGAGAGAGAUAUUCUCACCAAAGUUGCGCAUCCUUUCAUUGUUCAGCUCCGCUACUCUUUCCAGACCAAAUCAAAACUCUAUUUGAUUCUUGAUUUCAUAAAUGGGGGACAUCUCUUCUAUCAUCUGUACCGUCAGGGGAUCUUCAGUGAGGAUCAGGCAAGGGUCUAUGCUGCUGAGAUCGUAUCGGCUGUUUCGCAUCUUCACGGCUGCGGCAUUGUGCAUCGGGAUCUCAAGCCUGAGAAUAUUCUCAUGGAUGCUGAUGGGCAUGUAGUGCUUACAGAUUUUGGACUGGCCAAGGAAAUUGAGGAAUCAAGUCGGUCAAAUUCGUUGUGCGGAACAACUGAAUACAUGGCUCCUGAAAUCUUGCUUUCUAAAGGCCACAACAAAGAUGCCGAUUGGUGGAGCGUUGGAGUUCUCUUGUAUGAGAUGCUUAGUGGCCAGCCACCAUUCACGCAUGCUAAUAGAAAGAAACUUCAAGAAAGAAUAAUUAAAGAGAAAGUGAAGCUUCCACCAUGCCUGAGUACUGAAGCUCACUCUUUGCUAAGAGGGCUGUUACAGAAGGAGCCUUCUAAAAGAUUAGGGAGUGGACCCAACGGAGGGGACGAGAUUAAAAAGCAUAAAUGGUUUCGACCAGUCAACUGGAAGAAACUGGAAUGUAGAGAGCUGCAACCAAAAUUCAAGCCAGAUGUGAAUGGAAAUGACUGCACAGCGAAUUUCGAUCAUUGUUGGACAACAAUGCCCCCAGACGACUCGCCAGCUCCAACACCAACCGACGGUGGACACUUCCAUGGAUAUACUUAUGUUGCUCCUAACCCUUGGCUUUCAUCGUCUGGAUAGAUUGCUGAAUCAUGGCCAGGGAAUGUUCUCAUCAUACUGGUAAAUGCAACUGUACAUGAGUCCUAUACUGCCAUUAAAUUAUUGCUCAUUUUACAAUUCAGUGACUUACAAUCUCUCAGAUGCUUUCAAAUGUUUGUGUUCAAAUGUGUGUUCUAGUUUUCCAGGUUCUCUCUCUGUCUUACCUGUGAUAAAACUAAAAGGAUGUGAACUCAAUUUCUUUUCACAUUUGUUGAUUAAUGUUUAUUUACCAUUCUCGUCGGUCA